ACUCUAAAAACAGUCGUGCCGAAGAUGGCGACGUGUGAGCGGCGGUGUCCGCGCGGUGUUUAGGCGAGUGAGAGAGUGUGUGAGAGAGGUGUACCAUGUUGCCGCCGUUGCAGCGUCCGCAGUGUUUCUGUGAUCCGCGUUAAGUUCGGUGCUAAAUGUAGGAAUGUCAGAGGCGAAACGGGUACCUCUGCAGACCCUGGAGUUCCCGGAGUCCCUGGGCCACGCUACGAAGAAGGAGAAAAAGGGGAAUAUGGGCAAGCAGCUCGCUCCCUCCUUCCGUUUCACGCUCACCCUGCCGGAGUCGAACGAGAAGACAUGCCCUGAAUUCAACUACGCGCAGCUCCUGAAAUCGGCCGAGAAGAAGCGAAGGAAAGAUCAGAAGAGGGCAGAUGAGAAUACUACGAAUGGCUUGGAUCCAUUUGACGAUGAUGAUGACGAAGAUAAACUUCGCGAUAUGGCGAGACGAUUUGAAGCGAAAUAUGGAACGUCUACCAUGGGAAAGAAAAGACACAAGUAUGACGAUUACGUGGAUUUGGGUGCGGGUUAUGAUGAAAAUGAUUCCUUUAUUGAUAAUACUGACGCUUAUGAUGAAAUUGUACCCGAGGAGAUGACCACGGCACACGGGGGCUUCUAUAUUAAUUGCGGAGCCCUUGAAUUCCGUGCGGCUGAUAGACACUCAUUAGUCCACAAUAAUAAUAAUAAUAAUAAUAGCGAUGAAGAAGAGAGCAGCGAGAGCAGCGAGGAAGACACCGAAGAUGUGGAUAGCCCUAAACGUUUAGAGAAACGAACCAUUAGCUCGUCGGACGACGAUGAGACGGAGGAUAUUACCGGCAGUAAUCCACGAAAAAGAAAAAUUGAGGACAAUAGCGAGAAGAAAAUUAAUCACGAAAAUGGCAAAAAGAGGAAAAAGUCGCAAAUUCAUCAAACGCAAGAUCAGCAACAACAAAAUUCUCAACAGGAUCUGGACCUCUUGAAUAGACGGAAGGAUAAGAGUGAGAUGACUGAUGUUGAAGGUGGUACAGCUUCUGAGGAUCAAGAGGAGAAGAAGAAGUCUGAAAAACCGGAGUUACAAAAAAAUAAAAUAAGUGAUAAGAAGUUCGAUAUGAAGAAAUUUGAGAAAAAAUCGUCCAAUAGUAACGGAUUCGACGUGAAAAAAAUAGAUCUGAAGAGGUUCGGUGGUAAAGACAGCAACAUCGACGACGCGAUUGAAAGUGUUGUGAACGCGGCUAGGGUCGAAGAUGAUACGUCGAGUCGAGAUACAUUCGAUUCGGGGAAAUCACGCGUUUGCCUCUACGUUGAAUCCGACGGGGAGGAAAUGUAUAAUAAGGAAGCGCCAUUACCAGAAAAUCUUCCCGAGGAUGUAAAAGAGUUGGUGAAUAAAUUGAAGAUUCACGCUGACAAUAGCAAAGAUGGCAAAAGCAAAUUCUUCAACAGUAUGGUAAACGAUGUACUUUUUAGUUUAGAGAAGAAACUACGGAUGAUGAAUUCGGCUAGCGUAAGGUUACAAACUUACGACCAUCUAGUACGAUUUCUGCCUUGUAAGAAAAUUACUCUUCUCAGUAGGGCUAAAAAACUUUAUCUGGAAGAUGCGGAGCAUAGAGUGAAUGAACCAAUGCAAAAAUUAAAGAUGCUCAUAGAUAACGUCAUGCCAUCGGUUAUGGACAAAUAUAUGAAAGAAUGCCAAAAAGUUGCUGACGAAAAUCCUCAAUUAUACUGGGAGAUAUAUCGGUACUGUUGGGGUUUCGAAGGGUCUCCUGCGGAUGCAGAAAGCAGCGAAGAAGAUGGUGUUCCUAAAAAUACAGACAAACCGAAGAUUCCACGAAAACGAUUUCCAUGGACUGACGAAGCAAAAAAACUUGUUUUUGAAAUUGCAAAUGCCAGGAGGCAUUAUUUCAAGAUUCUUAGACCAAGAAAAGAGAGCAUGGAAUCGUUUGUCGCCACUUUUAUGGAUACUAAUGUUUUGCCAUUGUGGCCACCUGGCUGUGUACGGUUGCAAACUUUGAUAAAAUUCGGUAGUCCCGUUGGACCUGUCAUUAAGAAGAAAUUGAAAAAACCGAAGGAAAUGGCCAAUGCAAAUAACGUUGCUGCUGCUGGGAAUAUUCAAAUUUGCAAUUCCAUUGCGAGGAACGAUACUGCAAAUGUGAAUAGUGUUUCAUGUCAAGAAAGGGAGAGGAUACCAUUGAACGCAUCCAGAACUCAGAUCGGUGCUGAACAUUCAACUAUCAAUUUCGCGAAUCAAGCGUCGUCGAGGACCAACGAUGUGGGUAUCGAUAAGAAGCAACACAGUAGUAAACACAAGGACAAACACGCGGAGAAUAACGCGGGACAACAGCAAGAGAACGUCACGAUUAACGUUGUUAACAACUCUACGGUUGGCAAAAUUUCCGUUGUACCUACGGCUCAAUUGAUGGCUCAAAAGCCGAUUAAGAGCCACGUCGAGAAAUUUAAUCUCAUGGAUCUAACGAACAGCUCUCUGUCCAUCACACCCGUCAACGAUUAUCACAAACUGUCGGGAAAGGCCACGGAGGCAAAGAAAGAUGUAGUUUCCAUCACGGCAUGUACGGAAUCAGCGAGUCACUCGAAAACGAACGAGAUAGCCCAGACUGGACAUCAUUCCGUGUACAGGCAAGAUGCUUCCUAUUCGUCAGCAGCGCAGAACAUGAAACACAGACUCCUGCACGAAAACACCGAUGCGAAAUGCGACAAGAGAUUGGACGAUAAGGAUAUCGAAGUAGUCAAUAAAACCGAGAAGAAGGAGAAGAAAAGAGAUCGGUGCGCGGAAGUGAAACAUAAACCGUCACACGAUGCAAAAAAGAGGAAAAAGGAUCAGAAAAUGCUCGAGCAGCAAAUAGGGCCUAUUACCCAAGACAUAGUGCCUAUACCGCAGCAAGCGACCCUUUCGAGAGAAGAGCAGGAACAGAGACAGAACGAGGAAACGAUUGCCGCGACUAACUUUCUCAGCCAGAUCAUCAACGAUGACACAUCGCCGCGAGGAUUAUCGGAUAAACGGAAAGACAGUUUCAUUGCAGACGAUAACCUGGGUAGUAUAGUACAGCCGACGGAGCAGGAGAAAGAUGUGCAAAUGGUAAUGCGGUCAUUGAAAGAGUUGCAAGAGUUGCAAGAGAUGAAAUUUUCUCCCAGUCAUUCUCCAGUCGGCAGUGCCAUUCAAAAACCCGGCAAAUCGAAUACACAUUAUGUCACUUACCAGGAGGAAUAUCAACGAUUGUACCUCAAGAAAGAGGAUAAAAUAAGGUCUAAGGAGGAUUCGCAAUGGUAGAUAUGACGUCGUGUAUUAUCGCCUGUUCGAAGCUUCGUUUACACGCGGACAGUAGUAACUAAAGAAUUGAUUAUAUUAGUUUCGCGAGAUAAACAAGGCGGGGCUCUCGAUAUUUAUAACUGUUUCUUUUUUCGGCACGAACGAUUGAGCGAGGGCCGGCCGAAACUUCUUCCACUUAGACAUCAAUAUCGGUGAAUAGUAUUCACGCAGCUAUGGAGUGUGUGUGGCGGCGAUCGUUGGUAUGCACGUGUACGUGAGCGAAUGUGAAUGUGUGCGUUGUCGCGUAAGGAUUUUUAAGUAUUUUGAAACAGACAACCGCCAAAUUAUGUACAUACAUAAAUUCGCUAGUAGUAGUCUCGGUUGUAUGUGUACAGAGUAAGUAUAAAUUAUGAAAUUCUAGUAAGAGACUCUGUGAGCAUAGCUAUCUUUGUAAAUAAGUUUAGCAGCGUCCUAUAAUCGUCUCCGUGAGUGUUGGGUGGUCAACAAGAAUUUUACUUACACUAAUUCGAUGAAUGUAAUUUGACCUUUUAUUGUGAUCUUAACAAUUGCCGUGAACCAAUAUUUAAUAUUCUUGGUCGCGUACGUGGCACUUUAUUUUAACUGUCAACAUAAAAGCGUGAAGUGUUUUCUGUUUUUUUUUCCUCCAAAUACUGCCACGAACAUGGGAGGGGCAGGUCCUCGGUAUCGAUGGCUGUUUACUUUUUACUUGGUAUUAUUUGACCACCCUGUCACAGAACGAAAAAAAAAAAAAGAGAUACUUUAUGUAUUGUUCCUUUCUUGUGUGCUUCACCUGUCAUUAUCGUACAUAUAUUAUCAUGUACGUGUAAG